AUGAUUAAAGGAAUAAAUAAAAGAAUUGAUGUAGAUUCACAAAAUUUACAAUUUGAUAAGAUAAGAAAUGCAUCAGAUGAGCUGAUAUAUAUACAUUUGGAUUUUGAAGGAUAUGAAGCAAUAUUUUUAGAGAAGCCAGAUGAAAAUGGUAGAAUGGUAGAGAUUGGUAUUUUUUUUAUAAACUGAAUGGUACCAAUAGGCGAAUGAGAUUAUUUUUACACCAGAAAUUAGUUGUAAAUAGCAGAACCAAUAAAAAUACACAUUGAAAAAUAAAAAACAGCUGAUUAAGUUCUAGAUGUAUUAUUAGAUGAAACAAAUCAAUAAAUUGUAAAUAAAGUAAUACCAUAAUAUAGGAUUGGGAUCUGGAUAACAAUUUCAAACCAAGAACUAGUGAUCCUAUUUAUGUUCCAGUUAAGUUGAAGAGAUUGAAGCGAGCAUGA